AAUGAGGGCGUGGGGUGGGCCCUGAGUCGGCGCAGGAAAUGGCGGCGGCCCUGUCCUCUCGCCGCCAUGCUGCCCCUGCUGCCCCCGUGCCUUUGUCGGCUGUGGCCCCGCAGCCCUCCCACCCGGCUCUUCGCAGAGGCCGCCCGGCAGCGGUCUGGUCCCAGAAACUACUAUGAGCUGCUGGGGGUACAUCCUGGUGCCAGCACCGAAGAAGUUAAACGAGCUUUCUUCUCCAAGUCCAAAGAGCUGCACCCUGACCGGGACCCCGGGAACCCAGCCCUGCACAGCCGCUUUGUGGAGCUGAGUGAAGCAUACCAAGUGCUCAGCCGGGAGCAGAGCCGUCGGAACUACGACCAGCAGCUCCGCUCAGGAACUCCCCCAACGCCUCCCGGAGCCGGAGCCGCCACCCCUCCCAGGCCUGCUCAUCAGGCGCACAGCAGCUCCUGGGAACCCCCCAAUGCACAAUACUGGGCCCAGUUUCACCGCGUGAGGCCUCAGAGACCAGAGUCGAGGCAGCAGCAGUAUAGACACAACCAGCGGGUGCUGGGGUACUGCCUCCUGAUCAUGCUGGCAGGCAUGGGCCUGCACUACGUCGCCUUCAGGAAGCUGGAGCAGAUGCACCGUAGCUUCAUGGAUGAAAAGGAUCGGAUCAUCACAACCAUCUACAAUGACACCCGGGCCCGAGCCAGGGCCAACAGAGCCAGGCUCCAGCAGCAGAGGCAGCAGCUGCAGCCACCACCCGAGCCUCCCCCAGGCCCAGGAAUCAUGCCCCCCUGAGCCUCUCACCCGGACGGAGCCUGCUGUGUGUUCCCUCUCGGGACUCCCCCCGACCCCAAACGCGUGCAAUAAAGUGAUUCUCAGCCUUC